AUGAAAGUAGCAGUUGUGAAUCUGAAACCAGGGCAGAGUCUGAUUUCGGUAGCCAAUAACGAGAUGUUGAAGCAGAAAUCCCCAGCGUUAGUCACACUCAUAGGAGGGAAUCGUCUUCUUGGUGAGGAAGUAGCAGGAAUUGUAGUUAGAUAUCCUGAUAAGGUAUUUUCAAAUCUUAGGGACACGGUGUGGAAACCUCUGAAGUUUGUAAAGGACUUUCUUGCUUCGCAGUACCUACCAUUUGAUUUGGUGGAAGAUUCAAGAGGAGCGGUGGCUAUUAGGAUCGAUGAUGGUGUAACUAUUUAUUUUGUAGAGGAGUUGGUGGUGAUGAUUAUUAGUUAUGAAAGAAAUUUAGCAGAGGUACGUUCUAAGGUGCCUAAUAAGGAUGCGGUUAUAACAGUUUCGCCCUACUUUGGGCAGGUGGAGCGGAAGGGGUUGCUUCAAGCUGCUGAAUUGGCUGGGAUUAAUGUGCUUUCACUUAUUAAUGAACACUCUGGUGCUGCUCUUCAAUAUGGGAUUGAUAAGAAUUUCGCAAAUGAGUCCAGUAAUGUUAUAUUCUAUGACAUGGGUUCAAGUAGCACUUAUGCAACUCUUGUCCAUUUCUCAGCUCAUAACAUGAAGGAGUUCGGAAAGCCAGUGUCUGUGAACCAAUUCCAAGGAACCGUGAAAAUAUCUGGAAGGAAUGCUCCGAUGCUAAAUGCUGGGAGCUCAAUGGAGGUUUUGAGGGAAAACCAAGCAUAUCCUUGUGUUCCGAGUAGUAAAAUUCUGGAAAAUGGAAGAUAUGCGGAGAAAAAAACCUUUAGGAAGAGCACUGAUCUUUGCGACUGUACAUGGCGCAGUGAGAAGGAUGAAGCUUCUUCUCUUUCUCCUUCUCCUUCGGUUCAGCGACAAAAGUAG